AUACAGUUGUCAUUGGCUCAUUGUGUUAUUGCUUCUUUUCUUCUGCAGCUUGUUGGGAAGGAUGCUUUAGCUGAAACAGAUAAAAUCACUUUGGAAACUGCAAAGCUUUUGAGGGAGGACUAUCUUGCACAAAAUGCAUUUACUCCGUAUGACAAGUUCUGUCCUUUCUACAAAUCUGUUUGGAUGUUGCGCAAUAUUAUCCAUUUCUAUAGCUUAGCCAAUCAGGCAGUCGAACGGGGAGCUGGUAUGGAUGGCCAGAAGAUUACCUACACUCUCAUUAAGCACCGUCUAGGGGAUUUGUUCUAUCGUUUGGUGUCCCAAAAGUUUGAGGACCCGGCCGAAGGAGAGGAUGUUCUUGUGGGCAAGUUCAAGAAGCUUCAUGAUGAUUUGACUGCUGGUUUCCGAAACCUUGAGGAUGAAACUCGAUAAGUCUCUUUAGUAAAUGUCUUCCAAUUCUUGGAGGGAUCCGCCUGGCUCCAAAGCAGAGUUUUUGUUGAAUCAGUUGUAUGUUUUUGUCCGCAUUAAAAUGGCCGUUUGGAUCGUAGAAUUGGAUGAGUAAACACGGGAAGGUGCUUGGCUCGGCAUUUUAUAUUUGUUCAGUUGGUGUAACAAUAUUUAUUUAGUAGCAUGGUCACUUAUGGGGUCAUCUAGAUGAAUGUUAUUUAGUCAGUCCUCUCUAUCAUCAGACCUGAAAAUUAAGCUGAUGGAAGUAUGUACCUAAGCAUUAUCACUUGGGUAUAAUGUAUUAUUUGUUGCCUUAUCAGACGUGUAAUAAUUUGUAAUAAGGUUCUGAGUGCACCUGCCUGGGAUAUGCUGUUCGCGAUUUUGGUUUACAAAUUCAAGUAUAGAGUUGGUUGAAUUGUUUGA